AUGAUUUCUUACAAGGAUGUCCUGGGGAUCAUUUAUCUGAUCCAGUUUAUGAGUGGAAUCCUGGGUAACAGUCUCCUCUUUUGUUUUUAUAGCAUUAAUUUCAAAUCUGAACAUAACAAAAGAUCUGUCGACCCAUUUCUCAUCCAUUUGGCCUUUGUCAACACCAUGAUGCUUCUCUUCAGAGGAGUACCUAAGAUCAUAGAGAUCUGGGGGUGGGAAAACUUCUUGGAUGAUAUUGGGUGUAAGUUAAUUACCUAUCUCCAAAGAAUGUCCCGAGGCCUUUCACUCUGCAGCAUCAGUCUGCUUAGUGUCUUUCAAGUGAUCACUAUUAGUCCCAAUAGCCCUUUAUGGGCAUUGCUCAAAGCCAGAUCUCACAAAUGUAUCAUACCCUGUUGUCUGUUCUGUUGGGUUGUCAAUCUGUUAAUGGAUAUUUUUGUCCCCUUGUACGUAACUAGUCCAAGCAAUAGCACAAAUAAAGGAAGAAAGAAUUUGGGAUACUGCCUUAUAGAUAUGCAUGCCAUGAGUCCUUUAAAAGUUCAUAUUUGGAAGUCUCUGUAUGAUAGUUUACUUGUGGGUAUCAUGACCUGCAGCAGUGUCUACAUGGUAGUUUUCCUAUAUAGACACCGACAGCAAGUUGUAUACAUUCACAGCACUAACCUCUCAUCCAGAGUCACCCCUGAGAUUAGAGCCACCAAAGCCAUCUUGCUGCUGGUGACCACCUUUGCCUGCUUUAACAUAAUCAGUGGUCCUUUUAUUCUUUAUGUAGAAAAUUCUAAUGGAACCAUUUCUUGGGCAGAUCAUAUCACCGCUUUUCUAUCCAUGUCUUUUCAAUCAAUCAGCCCAUUUGUGAUGAUCACCAGUGACACCCAAAUUCAUAAGUCCUGUUCUAUUCUAUGA